AUCAGGCGGGUGGGUGACCGGCUGUGGGUGGGGCGGCAGCCGGGGCCCUGGCUUUUACGUUUAGGGCUAAGAAAGCUCCAGGGAGCAGUUGACUCUGGUGAACUCCGCCGGGGUCCAGGGCUAGGGCUCUCGGAGGAGCCCGUGGUGAACCUUACGCCUCCAGCCCAAGCUGAAGCGGCCUCGGAGCCCGCGUCCCACCCGGCGGCGUCUGCCCGACCCUCCACGGGCUGCGCGCAACCGCUCCGGCUCAGUUCGGGGCUGCGGCGGGAACCGCCGAGCUGGCUGGACGGGCCUUUACUCCUGAGGACCCCGCUGAGGAGAAGAAGCGCCGCGGCUGGCCCGACCCCGAGUCCUGAGGUCAGACUGUGGGCUCCGGGGCUCCCGGGCCGUGGUCCCCGUCCUUGCCCCGCGUUCCCAGGCGGAGGAUCGGCGACCUCGCCCGCGCCGCCCGGCUGCUCCUCGGAGUGUGGCAUCGAGCCCUCUGGCGGGGUGAUUUGUCCUCCUUGUUCUUGCUUGAUAGAGGCAUCUAUUUGAAGGCUACCUGUGCUCUUUAAAACUUUUAACCAAAGUGGAAAUGCGUGUCCUCUUUUUCUGGACCACUGUCGGUUUCCACUCUAGCCGAGGUCCGAGAUCCCGUUGAGAGUGAAAAAGGGAAAAAGUACCUACAAAAUAGCUCUGCACUUGGUCUCUCCCGCCCGAGAAGGGCAGAUGAACUGUGGAGUUAAGAUGCAGGGAGGUGAGCCCACAUCAGUGAUGAAAGUCUCCGAGAGUGAAGGGAAGCUAGAGGGCUUGGCCACAGCAGUGACCCCGAACAAGAACAGCGGCAACAGCAGCUGUGGGGGUGUCAUCAGCAGUAGCAGCAGCAGCAACAGCCGCGGUGGCAGUACGAAAGGCUGGCAGUACAGUGAUCACAUGGAGAGUGUUAAUGGCUAUCUAAUGAAGUACACCAACCUUGUCACUGGGUGGCAGUACAGGUUUUUUGUUUUAAACAAUGAAGCGGGGCUGUUGGAGUACUUUGUGAAUGAACAGUCUAGGAAUCAGAAACCCAGAGGGACUUUGCAGCUUGCGGGGGCUGUGAUCUCACCCAGCGAUGAGGACUCCCACACCUUCACAGUGAAUGCUGCCAGCGGAGAGCAGUAUAAACUCAGAGCCACAGAUGCCAAAGAGCGGCAGCACUGGGUGAGCAGACUUCAGAUAUGUACACAGCACCACACGGAAGCUAUUGGAAAGAUGAUGUCUCAUGCUGAAGGACAACAACGAGACCUGAUUAGACGGAUCGAAUGCCUUCCUGCUUCUGGCCUUCUUAGUUCCUUGGACCAGGACCUCCUGAUGCUCAAAGCUACUUCCAUGGCAACUAUGAACUGCUUAAAUGACUGCUUUCACAUUCUCCAGCUGCAGCACGCGUCGCAUCAGAAGGGCGCACUGCCCUCAGGGACGACAAUCGAGUGGUUGGAACCAAAGAUACCUUUAUCAAACCACUAUAAAAAUGGAGCUGAGCAGCCCUUUGCAACCGAGCCGAGCAAGCCCGCAGCUGCCCCGGAGGCUGCAGAGUCUGGAGGACUAGCAAGGGAACCUGAAGACAUCAACGCAGAUGAUGAGAUAGAGGACACCUGUGACAACAAGGAGGAUGACCUGGGGGCCGUGGAGGAGCAGCGCAGUGUCAUCCUGCACCUCCUGUCACAGCUCAAGCUGGGCAUGGACUUAACCCGAGUGGUGCUUCCUACAUUUAUCCUGGAGAAACGGUCCUUACUGGAGAUGUAUGCGGACUUCAUGUCGCAUCCAGACCUGUUCAUAGGCAUCAGCAAUGGAGCCACGCCAGAGGACCGAAUGAUUCGAUUCGUUGAGUACUACCUUACCUCAUUUCAUGAAGGCAGAAAGGGAGCCAUUGCUAAGAAGCCGUACAACCCUAUCAUUGGAGAAACUUUCCACUGCUCCUGGAGGAUGCCUAAGAGUGAGGUGGCAUCCAGUGUGAGUGGCAGCUCUUCUCCCCCAGCCGUCACAAACCAUGCUCCUCUGCCAGAGGAGGCGCUGGCCCAGGCCGCCUCAGACUGCUACACUGUCAGAUUUGUUGCUGAGCAGGUUUCCCAUCAUCCUCCAGUCUCAGGAUUUUAUGCAGAGUGUGCAGAAAGGAAGAUGUGUGUAAAUGCACAUGUCUGGACUAAGAGCAAGUUCUUAGGCAUGUCAAUAGGUGUGACAAUGGUUGGAGAAGGUGUCCUUUGUCUGUUGGAGCACGGAGAAGAGUACACGUUUUCCCUGCCUUGUGCAUAUGCCCGCUCCAUUCUCACUGUCCCUUGGGUAGAACUAGGUGGCAAAGUCAGCGUCAACUGUGCAAAGACGGGGUACUCAGCCAGCAUCACCUUUCAUACUAAGCCAUUUUACGGUGGCAAACUGCACCGAGUCACAGCUGAAGUGAAGUACAACCUUACCAACACCGUGGUGUGCAGAGUGCAGGGGGAAUGGAACAGUGUUCUGGAGUUCACCUACAGCAACGGAGAGACCAAGUAUGUGGACCUGGCUAAACUGGCCGUGACAAAGAAAAGAGUAAGGCCUCUGGAGAAGCAGGAUCCCUUCGAAUCCAGACGAUUAUGGAAAAAUGUAACAGACUCUCUGAGGGAAUCUGAAAUUGACAAGGCCACAGAGCACAAGCGCUCCUUGGAAGAACGGCAGAGAACAGAAGAAAGGCUUCGGACUGAAACAGGCACACCCUGGAAAACCAAAUAUUUUAUUAAAGAGGGAGAUGGCUGGGUGUAUCACAAACCCCUGUGGAAAGGAAUUCCAUCACAACCAGCAGAGUGACACCGCUUUCUAAGACUGGACCAAAUGAGGUUCUCCUCCGUGUACCCCAAGCCCUGUCAGAUGGAGUUGUUGCUCUGAGUGACCUGCCUCCUAACUGUACAGCCUGAACACGAAUGUACCUGCUGAGCCCGUCACCCUGCAGCAAGACCAAAGUGUUACGGACAUGUGAUGAGCCUCCAGCCUGCUCACAGACAUGAGCCUUUCCACCCCACCAGUCCAGUCCACGCUUCAUCUUUGAUCUGAUCUGAAAGCUGCUCGAGCCCCUGGUCUGUUCAGGGGCAGCACACAACAGCAGAGAGAACUCAGUGACUUUGUAGUAAGAAGUCAGGUCUCUCGCAGCGUCUGUUUGGCUUUCUGUCCAUAGCUGAAGUAUUCUCUGCUCUUGUAAGCCAGCCAAGAAGGAGAGGAAUGUGACCUUCAAGUGGAUUCAGCCGCUGUGCCUGAAGUCAGUGUUCACACAUCACUGGGCUGUAGUACCAUGGCCUCUCUUCCUCCGGAGGCCUUGCCUGUGUCUGAGGAAGCCCAUCAAUUGCUCUGUUGGAACUCUCUUUUAAAAGUGUAUUUAUAAUUAGAAUUGUAACCAUGGAGGAAUUUUUUUCUUCUGAGCAUUUUAAUAUACUUGAAAACAACAUUGACUUGAAAAAUUUCAGAACAUUUUUCAAUACCUAGUUUUAUUAAAUAUUACACUUAAGAGACAAUUUUUUAAAAUGUGUUCAUGUCAACAUGAGAUUUUGGCCUUUCUCAAGAACUAAGGCAUUAAAAAAUUAGCAAAUAUUAAAAAACAAAACUGUUACUUUUCCUUACCUAUUUUCAUUUGUAGGUUCAUAUUCAGUAUUAUGUGCUAUCCUGAGCAAGUUUGCUUUAUCUGACCUCUGUUCACUUAAAAUCUGUUCAUGGCUGUCAGUAAUUCAAUUAUGUCUGUGGCUGAGUACAUGUAAAGUAUGGUUUUAUUUUAUUUUUCAAGGAAAUGUAAACACUGAAGAAAGGGUAUGAACUAAAAAGCAGGAAUCUGCAUUCAGGUACAAACUGGGUUUUAAUAGAUAUUUUAUUGGGGUUGAAGAAUUGCUGGCAGUGAACAGAAUUGUGCUAAUUAUGGUUUUCAUUUAUUCAAGUAUUUGCUGAGCACCCACUCGUGGUGCUGACUCUUGUUACUGCGAGCUACCUUACUGUCCCAGAGUGGUGCCUUACCCCGCUCCUGCCCACGUGGUCUUCCAGUCAGCGUGCGAACGCACCUGUCGCUCAUAGGCUGUGCCAGGCGGCCGCGUCUGUGCUCUGAGAAACCUUCUCUUAGUAGGGUUCAUAGGAUGGAAACAGCGACAAUGGUUAAUGGUUUUUCCGCAAAUUGUAAAUUUAAAGAAUUGGUCUGUGUACAACCAUUUUAAUGAUUCCCUUUUCAUUUUUGCUGUGAAGUGCACUGAAAAAAAUCUCAAAAUGAGCUAUAGUUCAUGUGUUGGGAAAAUUGAAAAACAAUAAAAAUAGAAACAGCAG